AUAGGUCUGCCGGCCUAUACAAGGUCAGACCUAGUCAACAAAGUUCGUUGCUCAUUACCAGCUCUAGAUGUCCAUAGGUAUCUAUAUGGCUCUACCCUCGUUGUCGAAGGCGCGCUAGAGACAGUGGUGCUACCACAAUGCGAGCCAUUUCCAGGUAGAAGGUCGAUUGUAAUCAUGGACAAUUGCUCGACCCACCACUCUGAUCGAAUCACCGAGCNUAGGUCGGCAGUUUGGCGUAUAUUUGCUGUACCUGCCGCCAUACUCGCCACAUCUGAAUCCCAUAGAACAGACCUUCCACCUCUUAAAACAAUGGCUUCGUCGUUGGAGGGAUCUGGCGCCAACUCUAGAGGGCAUGGAACUCGCGGAUUACAAAGCGGCGUGGAUUAA